GCCGCGAGGGGGCGGGGCCGAGGUGAAGCCCCGCCCACGGGGGCGGGGCGAAGGGGGCGACUACUUGCCACCGCCGCCGGGCAUCCUCGCCGGGCAUCGUCAUCGUCAUUGUCAUCGGGCACCGUCGGCGGGCACCGUCAGGGUCCGGUGGGCGAUGGCGUGGGUCGGCCUGCUGGAGGCGGGCGGCGCCGUGCUGGGCCAGGUCACCGGCGGCAACCUCCCGUCCACGCUGCUGGCCGCCUGCCUCUGCACCCUGAGCCUGGGCUACCUGCUCCGCCUCGGACUCGCCGCCGGCGCCCCCGGGGCCCCCGGCACCCCCGGCACCCCCGGGACCCCCGGGACCGGGCCCCAGCCGCACCACGGGGCGAAAUUCCCACCUCACAUCUUCUCACCCAUUCCUUUCCUUGGACACGCAGUGGCAUUUGGAAGGAGCCCCAUUGAAUUUCUAGAAAACGCAUACGAGAAGUAUGGCCCCGUGUUCAGCUUCACGAUGGUGGGCAAGACGUUCACGUACCUGCUGGGCAGCGACGCGGCGGCACUGCUGUUCAACAGCAAGAACGAGGACCUGAACGCCGAGGACGUGUACAGCCGCCUCACCACGCCCGUCUUUGGGAAAGGAGUCGCCUACGACGUGCCCAACCCUGUGUUUCUGGAACAGAAGAAAAUGUUGAAAACGGGACUUAAUAUAGCUCACUUUAAACAGCACGUCCCUCUGAUCGAGAAGGAGACGAAGGAAUAUUUUGCAAGUUGGGGAGAGAGUGGAGAAAAAAACUUGUUCGAAGCCCUUUCCGAGCUGAUCAUCUUGACGGCCAGCCACUGCUUGCAUGGGCGCGAGAUCCGGAGCCAGCUGACCGAGAAGGUGGCCCAGCUGUACGCGGACCUGGAUGGCGGCUUCAGCUACGCAGCCUGGCUCCUGCCCGGCUGGCUGCCUCUGCCCAGCUUCAGGCGCCGGGAUCGAGCCCACAGGGCCAUCAAGAAGAUCUUCUAUGAGGCCAUCCAGCGGCGCAGGCAGGCGCGGGAGCCAGUGGACGACAUCCUGCAGACUCUCCUAGAUGCCUCGUACAAGGACGGUCGUCCGCUGACGGACGACGAGGUGGCGGGGAUGCUCAUCGGGCUGCUGCUUGCCGGCCAGCACACGUCGUCCACCACCGGCACCUGGCUGGGCUUCUUCUUGGCCAGGGACCGGCGUGUCCAGGCCCAGUGCUUCGAAGAGCAGAAGCGCGUCUGUGGAGACGACCUGCCUCCGCUCGACUAUGACCAGCUCAAAGACCUGACGGUGCUGGAUCGCUGCUUGAAGGAGACGCUGAGGCUCAGGCCGCCCAUAAUGACCAUGAUGAGGAUGGCCAGGACCACCCAGACGGUGGCGGGCUACACCAUUCCUCCAGGCCACCAGGUCUGCGUGUCCCCCACGGUGAACCAAAGGCUCAGGGACUCCUGGAUUGAACGUCUGGACUUCAACCCCGACCGCUACCUCCAGGAAAACCCUGCGGCCGGCGAGAAGUUUGCCUACGUGCCCUUUGGGGCCGGUCGCCAUCGCUGCAUUGGAGAAAACUUUGCGUACGUGCAGAUCAAGACCAUCUGGUCCACCCUGCUCCGACUAUACGACUUCGAGCUCCUUGACGGCUACUUCCCCACCGUGAACUACACCACAAUGAUCCACACACCCAACAACCCCGUCAUCCGCUACCGCUGCCGAGUCGCCGGCGAGGCGGGGAGAGGCCACCACCCUUAGGAUCCAGGCUGGUCUCAGCGGGGUUGAUGUGGGCUCCGUCCCGUGGAAACGCCCUAGGGGCCGUGCUGCGCGUCGGCUUGUUUGGCACGCUACAUUGAUAUUGACAAGUUUCUGACCUUAAGGUAUUGGUUUUGAAAAAUUAUCCGGUUCUUUCACCGUACAACUUACUCUGCCUGGAAAUCACUGCCAGCGCCGGCACAGAUCCAUCCACGCCCGUGGAUAAAACGAUGCAGGAAUCUUUAUUCAGAACUUUGACAAAAUACCCCGAAAAUUCAAAACUUCUACCCUUACAAAAAUAGGUCUCUCCAAGUGAGACUGUCUGUCCGCCCGCCCACCCGCCCUCACGGCCACAGAGCCCCCACGGGCUCCUCCCUCCUUCCACCCACCUGAUAAAUUAAUCCUUCCUUAUAAGUUAAUCAUUUAAAUUAGCAAUCCACCACUCUA